UUGGCUGAUUUGCUAUUGCAUCACAGUUAUUCUGUGUAGAUUAUCAAGCUCAGUAAUUUUCUUACCAAUUUCCAGUGGUACGAAGUCAACAUUUGAAGGAAGAAUCGACAAUUAGAGGGCUUAUAAGCACGUUGUGAGGUUCCCAGUGCCAUAGACAAGAGUGAACAGGACCACUUCAACAGCUGCACCACUGUUUAUUUUCAGUUUAAUUUUGAUAAGUAUGCCUCCAAAGAGAAUUAUGGAUUACGAGAGCAUGUCCGACUCUGACUCCGAUGAUGAACAUCAAUUAAGCGGAAAUAAGAAGUCAAGAUACCAGAAAGGCAGUGACGAGUACACAAAGAGGAGAGAAAGAAAUAACAUUGCUGUCAGAAAAAGCCGUGAGAAGAGCCGUGCCAAGGCUAAGGAAACUAGUGAGCAGGUUAACAGGCUUCGCAGUGAGAAUGAAAUGUUGGAACAGAAAGUUCAAAUUCUCUCCAAAGAAUUAAGUGUUUUAAAGGAUUUGUUUUUAGCUCAUGCAGGAACAGUUUCUCCGGGCUGUGGAGGGCAAGGCAACACCGAGAUCAAAGAGGCCUCUACAGACCACGAGUACUCGAAGAUGAAUUCCCAGUGACUAGCGGCCCAGCUUCGUCUUUUCUUUAAAAACUUGACUUUAGUGGAGAUGACUUUGUGCAGUAGUGUAUUUAAUUUUUUUGAUAAAAUACAGAAGCGUCUGUUUUUUAUCAGUGGGUUCUUAUAGCAUUUCUUGUCCCUUAAUCUAUCAUCUAUAUAUUAUUCAUUGUUUAAUCUGCAUCAAACUUUUAAAGUAAAUGUCAUGAUAGUGCAAGUACUUAUAUUACGGACAUCCUUGGUAUGUGUGUUAAAUUAUAUUAAUGACAUUGAUUGUGUAAUGGUUUGUAUAUGUACAUACUAUAAGAGUUGAUCUAUAGAGGAAAUACUGAUUUUGUCAUUUUUUAAAAAUAAAUCUUGAGCUGUCGUGAAUGGUUUUACUUCAGGCAACAAGAUUGAAAUGUUAACUUUAUUCGAUCAUUUUUUCAUUAUAUAUCUUUAAUUGAAUUUCUCAGAUAAAUAUUAUUUUUUCAUUUACCUUCGAAUCAUAUUAUCUUUUUUAAGUUUAAUUUAUUCAGUUUUUAGUCAUUAAAAAAGCUGUUCAAUGUGUCGAGAAAUGUUCUUGACAGUAUUUUACAAUGUAAGGGAGGUUAAUGAAAAGAACAUUUAUAAUUGAAUUGAAACUAAUUAAAGCUAUAUAUUUUACACUUUUAAUUUCCUCAAAGAUAAUAGUUAUUGUAAGUUCAUUGUUUAUUAUUAUUCUUGCUGAACCCAACUCUUUUGUGAAGUUUUCUUGACAAGGAUAAUGGAAAAAAACUAGACAAAUUUUGAAUAAUUGGACUAAAAAUACUUAAAAUUUCUCAGUUUUCAUGCAAAAAAUAGCAAAAGUCAUAUUUUAAUUUUUUUUCAUGUGUCCUACAACUGAUUUAGAUACAUUGUAUAAUGUUUAUGAUAUUACUAGUGUAGAUAUUCAUGCCAUCGAGUAUGCUCUGAUCCAGAUUAAGUCAGGACUAGUUUCACUGUGGAUAUUCAAGUUGUUAAAUAAAAGAUGCUCUUUUUUUUUAAUCUGUAGCUUUGAUAGUAUUAAUAUUGUCCAUAAUAUUUAAUGUUUGUUUAUGGUUUAAUUAUUUGGUAUGCCAAGAAUUGUUUGCCCAGUCAGAUAUUCACACAUCACAAACUAAAUCCAUAGUAUUUCAGUGUUCAGUUUGUCCUUUACAUUGUAUGUUGCUUUGUGUGAUAAUGUUUCUAAAUUACAUUUGAUUUUAGUUAUGAGCUGUACAGUAUUAAGAAGGUAGAUUUCCCGAUUAGUUUGCAUUGAUUCCAACAGUAAAAUCAUGAAUAUAUUACUGAUUAUCGUGUUUUAGUCACGACAUAAAUUUGUCUUUAUAAUUAUCUUUUUAAUACAUUUUUGCUUGUUUUUUUCAUAGUUUGUAGCUCGCACCAUAUAAUUAAACAGUUUGAAGUGUUGUAGAGUGGUACUUGAUAUAUGAAUGGUCUAGGGGAAACAACUCUCCAGUGGAAGAGGAGAAAUUUUGAUAAAUAGUGCAACUUUCCUCUGAUACACUGAUAGCAUUUGCUAAUAUUGAUAUAAUAAUUGGAAUAACAUAACAAAGAAUAAAAUAUAAAAUUUAAGUGUAUUGUACAAUGUGUAAGCUUUGAAACUCGAACUUGGUCUCAUAUUAUGGCCAUUGUUCAUUUAACAAUUUGAAGUGUAUAAAUUGAUUCAUGGACAUUUUUGUGUGUGCUUCUAUUUGUCAACUCGGAGCCUAAAAGCCAAACCCAGUGACAGUUUAUGGUUUAUGUCGUUGCUAUAAGUAUAUAUUGUAUGCUUGGUAGUGGUCUGUCUCACUGCAACUUGGCACAAAUUUCCAACUCAAAUAUGUGACUGUAAUAUUGUACUUGGUUACAUAUUACACAGGGUUGAUAAUUGGUGUUAAGUACCUGUGGUCAGUCUGAAUUAAGUAUUUCAUUAUACUUUAUGUAUACAUAUGUUCACAAUAUUGUGUAUUAAAUAUUAUGAAUUAUA